AUGAGCCAAUCUGACAACUGGCCAAGCGAUGCGGAUGAUUGUCAAAGCCACUUGACUUCUGACGACGAGGUGUCUCAAAAUGUUUCUACUGCUCCGAGGAGCCGCCUGCGACCUGCAGGAAAAGCCCCCGUAACACUGCUGUACGACUGCCAGACAUCGGACGAAGACGAGCUAACGAUUCCGUACAAUGUUGAAUGGAAACUGUUUUGGAGGCGUCUCCUACAACCGAAGUUGGAGACGGCGAUGGAGAAGAAACCUUGCCGGGUGGAUGACACAGAAAUCGUGAUGUCAACAACCCAUCGUAGCACCGGACCCUUUCGAAAGCGUUUCGCAAACCUAGACAUCGAAUGGCUAGUCAUUGAGAAACAGCUGCAAGACUGGAAUGAGCUGCCCAAUACAGGCAAGAAACGCAACCUGAUCACUAUUAACAUAACGUUCGAAAGCACGUACAUCGAGAGCAACAAAGUGACCAGAGGCAGGGCGACAGUCAAUCAGCUGGAAGAAUUACAAGCCAGAAUCGGCGAUGGGGCCGUUCUCAGCCGUGGCGUUUGCGUCAAGAAGGCGUUUGCCCUUAUGAGGUGCCCUGGCCCCCCAUGCAAAAAGGGCAGCGACCACUGCUGGCAGUCUGAUGGCCAACACUACCCGCUUCAUCCUCACCACGUGAAGAUGCUAGCCGAUCACUUACAAGCAGGAAAGCCACUUGAUGGGCAUGAUGAUGUCCCCGAAACUUUCCGCAGAUUGGUUCUUGAUGACGAACGUGACCGUCAGUCUCGAGAGGAAAACGAACGAGCGAAACGCAAGCGGAGACGUCCAGGUUCGGAGAAUCUGACCAUAAAUCCCCCGAACCCAGCUCAGCUUGCCCAUGAUGGUCGCACGAUUAUUCCAGCGAUGGUGUUCCCAACCACACCCCUCAUGGGCUUUGCGCAGCGCAGCGAAGACAAUAUUCGGGCGCAUACCACAUGGCUGAAACAUGGCGCGUCUGAUGAGCAGAAGGGACAUUACGAGUUUAUGCAGCAGCUGGCCCUGCGAAAUGGCUAUGACCUCGAUUACAUGCACAGUAAUAAAGAACGGGUAUGCGUCUUUUCUAUGGACGAAGGUGUGCCUGAGGGCUUUGCAUGGCGUUAUGUGUCUGGCGUUCCAUGGUUCAAGAAAGAACGGGAGAAAGCCGCAGGCAAUUAG